UGAAUGGAAAGGUGUACUCAUUGAGCAGUACAUUCUUAUUGACAUUGGCAGGACGUCUAUGAUUAUUAUUGAAGUUUGAAAACUCUCCUGAAUUCCAGGCCAUCAUCAAUGGCAGCGUGAAGCGAUAUCCAGCGCGACGUUCGACCAACAUAAGUGCACAGUGCCGUUUAGAGAACCUGAUGGGAGAAAAAUGGUCUUGUGAGGAUAAAACGAGUGCUGUAGUGGUGAUGGAUUUUGGGAUUACAAUAAUCGACUAGUCGAGCGUUAGCAAGUGAAUGAUGUGAAGGAUAUCUUUGUGUCAUAGUGUGCUUUGCAAUUGGGACUACCCAAGAUGCUAGAUUACAACAUCUAAAGAAGAAAAGUGCUCUGGAUGCAGUUAAAUAAUCAUAAAAGCAGUUGUAAACCAGAUGGGAUAUCAAAUCAUUAUUUUAGACGAGUGAAAUGUCUCGGGUGUUUGAAUACGAUGUCUCGUGAGUCGAACAUAUGAAGAAAAAUAACUUUCGGCUGGUGGAGAAACGAUUAGUGAUUGAUUUUUUUCCUGUUAAUACUUUGAAUGAUCUCAAUCUUCUCACAUAAACACAAAUAAAAGCUGUCGAGUGAAUUAAAUUCUAUAUGCUAAGAACUUCAAGAAAAGAAGUGGAUUACAGUGAUGUUCUGUUGUGGUCACCCUGCCUGAUGUCCAAAUAUUCAAGCUUGAAGAUGGAAUGAGAAACGCAAUGAAUGUUUUGGCAGCCGGACCAGUUUCGCACACGGUGAUGGGGGUGUACCCCCUGACGGGAGAUGCAACCACCCCAACGUUACAUACCGUCAGUUUCUGAUUUAUACGGUACAGACGAAAUAGAAUUCCUCCUGGACGAAAUACGGGAUCUCGAACCUGCCUGCUGUCAGCUAGAGGACAUUCAAGAUUUCGAGAUAGCUGGCAGCAGAGCUGGUGAGCUUUCAAUCUCGCUCGAAUCACCGUUGGGCACCUGCACAUCCUGGGACUCGCAUGUACAUUAUCGUCAAAGGAUAGGGAAUACACCGCUACCGUGGGGCGUUGCGCUGCACUGCGACGCCUCACAUCUUACCAGUCCUACGGGCAUCGUGAGGAUAUUGCUGGUGAUAUCAUCAGCAGCCUGUCUUGCUUGUGAAUGUUCGGCUGGUACCGUACAAGUAGGACUAUUUUUACUGCCAUUGAUCGGGCGGUUGAGGUUAAUGGUCUUUUGCGCCCUGUUCUCGCUGUUAGUAACGUGUUUAAUGCUAUUUUUGGAUAUAUCACAUAUAGCGUUAAUGUUUCCCUUCAACUGGGGAAAAUUGAAUGCAUGGAUGUACCUGACAAUCGGUUUAUUAUUUCUCGUUGGUUCAUCAUUGCUAAUACACAUGGUGUUUUUUGCUGAGGAAUUUAUGUGGGUGCCAAAGCACACGAAGGACACAUUGUUCAUAUCAGCGAUAAUUGGUUACGUUUGCUCCAUCGAAGCCGUGAUCCUGGCGGCCCUAACGAAAUGCCCCUCCCAGUACCGUCACGUGAUCGACGACUACAGUGACAUGUGCCUGGAGGAGCGCGAACUCAGUCCUAUCUGUAGUAACGAGUUAACGAAUAUCGCCAACAACACUACCGCUGCUACCGAUAAUAACAACAUUAACGCGACCGAGCUAACGAAUCAUCGGAACUAUAAUAACAAAACGGAAACGGGUGAUAGUGUAACACCAACGUGUAAUCAGAAACCAUAUAUACCAGUGAAACGUCCCGACCAAUCGUAUAAUCAGCGUCCUACCUUAGGUAAUAUGCAGAAAUCGAAUCACCGCAACCGUCAGGGUUACCACUACCAACCAAUUGCCUCAACCUCACGGCAAAGUCCCACGUUUGUCCUGGACGACGACGCCAUUCCGGGACCGUCGAACCGAUCCCUCGACUACUCCAGCGCGUGAUAAUUAGAGGAGCUGUUCUUCUUGUUUUGCCCCCUAUACACCACAUCCUGGACUUGGCUUGCCAACACCCCACAGAAGACGAAGAAGUACUAGCGUAGCAAGUUCACAGAGGGUCUACCAUCACUUUUUCUCCAUCGCAGCGGUGCAAGCGAUACAAAGAAACGUUCAUAGGAUUAUAUAGCGUGUACGACCAUAUUUAUUCGACCUUUUCUUCUCUACCGAACGGAACUAGUAAUCAUCAGUACCUUUCGGGACGGCUAUACCGGUAACUCAACUGAUCAUAACAAGUAACAUCAAUGCAGUAGUACGUAGGUCACAUUACCUUAAGGGGUUAGGUUUAAGCGGAUUUUCCAGUUACGUUCUUUGAUCCACUAGUUUCUUUUUUCGCAAGCGGUUCAAGGUAGUUACGGAAGGUGUUUCUGGGAUCUGGAUCCUGAAUCUAGACUUUUGUAUGUGAGGUAAUUUGCAUACAUUGGUUCAGUUUUCGUGUAAAAGUGUAAAAGAAGUUUGAUAUGGGGAAGAAUAUGAAAGCAAACCAGAGACAACAAUACAAGAUAUGAAUUAUAUUAAUUUAGCAAGAAGAAGAUUUCGUACAGUAAUAGAUGGAAGAGUUAAAAGUAAUAAUGGUAGGCAGAAUGAAGAACACGUUUUGGAUAACCAGUUGUAUGAAAUUGAAGCCUGAAGUGCGAAGAAAAUACUUCAAAGUGUAUAAUUUCGUAACGCAUUUACAUUAACUAGAAGCAGCAAACUAGGUGAUUGGUUUUAUGGUGGAAAAAAGGUGAUUAAAAAGUUGUAGAAAACCAUCAUGAACAAAAAGGAUUUCCGCUGUAAACGAGGUUUAAACAGUCACACAGGCUAUGUAGUAACAGCAAACCGAAUAAGAUGGGUGUGAAACGAUGACACAUCCUAACGAGAUUCGAAGAGAGAAGAACUAGGUGAAGUGUUGUGAGAAUAUUAUUGUCAUUUACCAAUCUACUAAGACGAAGAGUUUAUAUUUGUUUAACUCAUUAACAUAUCAUAUUGUUUCGAGGAAAGAUCUUCAGUCUUUCAGAUCUUAUUUUCCAUAAAUAUAUCUGUAUAAUCAGGUUUAAAUCACUAUUUACUUGCACAGUGGGCAAAAGUGGCAAACAAUUUAUUUACAAUUUCGAUAGUAGAACCAUUGGUUUAUCUUAUGCCCAUUACCUUGCAGUAUCAGUUCCAUUUUGGGAAUGCUCCCGAAUAGCAAAGCUAGUUCUGGGCAAGUACUUUCAGCAGUAUGUUUUUCGCAAAAUGCUGCUUAGCCCUAUCCGUAGCGUAUAGAAAAUCAGUUUAGAGUUGUUCGAUGGCAAAGAUCUGUAUUUUUCUCCUAUAUUCAAUCCUAUAUCAUAGCUACGUGUACAACAGCAUAGGUGAGACCUGCUUAAAUACUUUUCGACUUACGACAUUAUAACAUACGCCACAUCCGUCCCAGUGCAAAUAUUUUAUAGGAAUUUUCAAAUUUAGUUGAAUCUUUCAUCUACAUUAAAAUCUCUCUGUAGAGCGAGAGCCAAGGUACGCAACUGAGUCAGUUUUUUGGAAUAUUUAUCUUAUCUGCCGUCCAUAUAGUAAAGAAAAAGGCGUAACCCGAACUCAACCGAUAUUAUUGGAGAAAACUCUAGAGAAGAAUAGUAAAAGGAUAGGACAGAACAGAAGCCGAGAGAUCCGCCCACUAUUUUUCGACACUGUUAGAAGAAUCCGUUUUGUAGAAAGCGCGUCACGCACAACGAUCGGUUGGACAAUAAAGAAUUUUACGUUUCCACGAUCGCAU